GUGGAGCAUCAAGAUUCGGAACGUUGUCACAAUUUCUCUUUUCGGACGGACCAUUUGCUAAACAGCAACAGCAGCAUGGUAAGAUCAAAAAUGGGGGAAUUAUGGUAAAAAGGGUCCAAAAUGAAGUAGGUGGUUCAACUGUAACUCGAAAAACC